CAGAAAACCUGAAUACGGAACUGAAGCAGCUGCUCAGUUUCUUGCUCUGGCAGCGGCUAAAGAGGGCACCCCGGUGAGAACGUGAAGAGCCAGAGUUUUGAUCAAACACACCAGUGAAGAUGUGGAAAUCUGUAGUGGGGCAUGAUGUAUCUGUUUCCGUGGAGACCCAGGGUGAUGACUGGGACACAGACCCUGACUUUGUGAAUGACAUCUCUGAGAAGGAGCAACGGUGGGGAGCCAAGACCAUCGAGGGCUCUGGUCGCACAGAGCACAUCAACAUCCACCAGUUGAGGAGCAAAGUGUCAGAGGAGCAUGAUGUUCUUAAGAAGAAAGAGAUGGAGUUGGGGCCCAAAGCUUCCCAUGGCUAUGGAGGUCGGUUUGGAGUGGAAAGAGACCGCAUGGACAAGAGUGCUGUGGGUCAUGAGUAUGUCGCUGAAGUGGAGAAACACUCUUCUCAGACUGACGCUGCCAGAGGCUUUGGUGGCAAAUAUGGAGUUGAGAGGGACAGGGCAGACAAGUCAGCAGUGGGCUUUGAUUACAAAGGAGAAGUGGAGAAGCACACGUCUCAGAAAGAUUACUCUCAUGGCUUUGGCGGCCGUUAUGGGGUAGAGAAGGAUAAACGAGACAAAGCAGCUCUGGGAUAUGACUACAAGGGAGAGACGGAGAAGCACGAGUCUCAGAGAGAUUAUGCCAAGGGUUUUGGUGGUCAGUAUGGAAUCCAGAAAGACCGAGUAGAUAAGAGUGCUGUUGGCUUUGAUGAAAUGGAAGCUCCAACCACAGCUUAUAAGAAGACGACACCCAUAGAAGCUGCUUCCAGUGGUGCCCGUGGGCUAAAAGCAAAAUUUGAGUCCAUGGCUGAGGAGAAAAGAAAACGAGAGGAAGAGGAGAAGGCACAGCAAAUGGUCAGACAGCAACAGGAGCGAAAGGCUGUGGUAAAGAUGAGCCGUGAGGCCCAACAGCCUCCCAUGCCUGUGGAAGAGCCAGCAGCACCAGCCCCACUGCCCAACAAGAUCUCCUCAGAGGCCUGGCCUCCAGUAGAGAGUCGUUCACUACCAGAGCCUGAGCCUGUGAGAACCAGCAGACAACAUCCUGUGCCCUCCCUUCCCAUGAGACAGAAUCCCCUGCAGAAUCCCUUGGAGGACAAUGAGGAGCCCCCAGCUCUGCCCCCUAGGACCCCAGAAGGCUUCCAAGUGAUAGAAGAGCCAGUGUAUGAAGCAGCACCUGAGCCUGAGCCUGAGCCUGAGCCUGAGCCUGAGCCUGAGAAUGACUAUGAGGAUGUUGGGGAGAUAGACAAACAGGACGAUGAAGCAGAGGGGGACUAUGAAGAUGUGCUAGAGCCUGAGGAUACCCCGUUUCCAUCUUCACAGGCUGGAUUGUCAGCUGGGGCUGGUAGCACAGAGACCUCAGCUGUAGCCCUGUAUGAUUACCAAGGAGAGGGUAGUGACGAACUUUCCUUUGAUCCUGAUGACAUCAUCACUGAUAUUGAGAUGGUGGAUGAAGGCUGGUGGCGGGGCCGUUGCCACGGUCACUUUGGACUCUUCCCUGCAAAUUAUGUCAAGCUCCUCUAGUGACCAGCCCCAUUGUCUUCCGCUACUGUGACUUCCCAUGUCCAAAGUGACUCUGCCUUCAUUCCCGCCACAUUUUCUGCUGCAAGCACCUAACAGGGUGUCAUGGGCUGCAUGAGGUUCUAACAGACUUCCCUCCCCUGCUUCCCUCAGGGUCUACUCUACCCUGGAUUAGCUCAUGGAUGUUCAUUUUGUGGUCUUGCCUCCUUCACCAACACCCAGCUUUGCUCUCCUCCCUCGUGAGCCCUGGGAUCCACCAUAUUCUAGCCUGGAAGGGAAGCUCUAGAAUGCCUGGUUUGCCAAUUGUACUUUUACCCACGUUUCUUCCCUUAAGAGACAUAUUGGAACUGUCUUUCUGUUCAGUCCUAAAACUGAAAAUAAAGUGAGACUAUGGCUGAC